GGUGUGCGCAGCACGGCAGUAGCCCCUUCCCCUCCUCUGGUAGGAAGCAGGGGGCUGGCCUCACCUGUGUCUUACCUGGCACUGCCUCUAACCAGCUGUGUGGCCAUACAACAGUUUCCACACCUCUCCCGCCCUCCUUUUUCUCACCUGUAAAUAAUAAAAGUACCCACUCCCACCCCCGCCCUCCCCUGCACAGAGUUGUGAGUUAAAUAAUUUGGACCAGAGGCAUGAGCAGCACCUGGAGGCUUGUUAAAACACAGCGGUCUCCCCCGCCCCGAGUUUCUGCUUCAGGAGGUCUGGGGCGGGCCUGAGAAUCUGUAUUUGUAACAAGCUCCCCCGGGAUGCUCAUGCUGCAGGUCUGUGGACUGCACUUCGAUAUUCACUGGUUUAGGGUAAAGUGUCUGGUCUGGAUCGCUGUUGGUCCUUCCAGAUUGUUGCUCCUCCUUGGGCCUCAGUUUCCCCAGCUGCCCAGUGAGAGGAGGGAGCCCUCUACGGAGCCUGCCUUGCAAGGGCUGCCGGGAGAGACAGGCCGGUGGGCAGGAGCCGGCGCUGCCCUCUCCGCCCUGGGCUGCCUGGGGCCGGCGUCAUGCGGCCGCGUGGCCACCAGGGGGCGGGCGAGCUGCUCCGCACAGGGAGGCGCCGGCCCCGCCCGGCCGAGAACCGCAGCCCGGGGCUGAGUGCACAGGAGACGGAGCCGCGCUGCCCCUGUGUGACCCGGGCAAGCCUGGCCGCACUUUCCCUAUCUGCCUCAAUUGACUGCUGCUCCUCAGACGUCCCGGUGGGCAGGGAGCCAUAGCAUCGUUUACCUCCUAGGCUCUCUGAGGGCCUCCUUUGACUCCAUGAAGCUGCAAUUGGAGAAUGUGGGCAGCUCACACAUCCAGCUGGCACAGGCCCUGCGUGAGGAGCUGAGGAGCCUUGAGGAGUUCCGCGAGAGGCAGAAGGAGCAGAGGAAGAAGUAUGAGGCCGUCAUGGACCGUGUCCAGAAGAGCAAGCUGUCGCUCUACAAGAAGACGAUGGAGUCCAAGAAGUCAUAUGAGCAGAAGUGCCGGGACGCGGACGAUGCCGAGCAGGCCUUCGAGCGCAUCAGUGCCAAUGGCAACCAGAAGCAGGUGGAGAAGAGCCAGAACAAAGCCAAGCAGUGCAAGGACUCGGCCACGGAGGCGGAGCGAGUGUACCGGCUGAACGUCGAGCAGCUGGAGAAGGUGCGGGAUGAGUGGGAGCAGGAGCACCGGACCACCUCUGAGGCCUUCCAGCUGCAAGAGUCUGACCGGCUUACCAUCCUCCGCAAUGCCCUCUGGGUGCACUGCAACCAGCUCUCCAUGCAGUGUGUCAAGGACGAUGAGCUCUACGAGGAGGUGCGGCUGACGCUGGAAGGCUGCUGUGUGGAUGCCGACAUUGACAGCUUUAUCCAGGCCAAGAGCACGGGCACCGAGCCCCCAGCUCCGGUGCUCUACCACAACUACUACGAUCGGGAGGUUACCCCGACAGGCAGUCCUGGCGUGCAGCCAUCCUGCGGCAUGAUCAAGAGGUUCUCUGGGCUGCUGCAUGGAAGUCCCAAGACCAUGGCAAUUCCUGCUGCCUCCACAGAAACCCGGACGCCCACCCCUGACCGGAAUGAGGUUGUCUAUGCCGCCAUCGCGGUGCAGGAGACGCCGGGAGCUCCAGUCCUGCCAGCCCAGGACUACAGGGCGCUCUAUGACUACACGGCGCAGAAUUCUGAUGAGCUGGACAUCUCCGCGGGGGACAUCCUGCAGGUCAUCCUGGAAGGGGAGGAUGGCUGGUGGACAGUGGAACGGAACGGGCAGCGUGGCUUCGUCCCUGGUUCUUACCUGGAGAAGCUCUGAGGAAAGGCAGGAGCGCCACCUGGACCUCCCCAGCCUGUGGAGCCAGCAGUGCCCUCCUCACUGCUGGGGCCCGAGAGUCUCUCCCACAGGGAAUAAAGGAGCAUGUUCGUUUCUC